AUGAAAUUCAUUCGAUUCACUAAUCCACAUGUCCUAUUUUUACUUUUAGUUUCAAUUGAGUUGAGCUUAUUUCUAUUUCGAAGUGUUUUCGUUGGGAAGCCGCCAUCUUCAGUCCGUGCCGCCCGAGAAUGCCUUCAUCUUCAAACGAAUACACUGGAAAGUGAUGAUCACUUCUUUCAACGAAUGUGGUCUUCACUUCAUCAAGUCGUCGACAAGUGCUCUUAUCGUCAUUUUCGAGAUAGAAUUAAAGUGAUUGGGUCAGCAAAACAGUCGAUUUUAUGGUUGAAUUGGUUGGUGGAUACAAAUGAUCAUCAAUGUAAUGCAAUUUUCAUCCAUAGUUCCAAGAGUGUCGCAAUGGAAAGAGAGCUGAAACGAUACACUCGGAAAUGUGUGGUCUACUCGUUGAGUGAUAAGCAUACGGAGACCGCCCGUUAUCAGGAUCCACGUUACAGUGUGCUCACUUUAAAGCAGAAUGUCAGUUCGAAAGCCCGCCAUUUAGGAUGGGGAGUAGAUCAUUAUGCACGAGACGCUGAUUCUGUUGAUUUGGCGUAUUUCACAGUUGUCCAAGUUCAUAAACUUCGAUACGAUUCUAUUAAUAUUUUCUAUGAUGGAAGUCAACAUAUCAAGUCACUUUUCACGAAAUCUCCAUUUGAUGAAGCUAAUUUGGCAACUUGUCAGUUCAACAUCAUCUACAAACGUCCGAAGGGUCGUUUGGCUCGACGAGAUUUUCGUUAUAACUGGAAACGGCUUCUAUACGAUCGUCGGUACUUGGUGGCGAAUGUUCGACGACUUCAUGGAUCAGAUGACGCUUUAUCAAUUCUUCUUUUGAAUAUUAGUGAGCCGUAUUGUUGGGCAAAAUACAUUAGCAAUCAGCCAUUUGUACCUAAAAAUGUCUGA